CAGCACUUGACAGCUGGGUCUAGGAGGACACACAAUGACGGACCAAAGCAGUGCCCAUGUUAAUAAGAUAAGCUACACUAAUGGAAAUGGUGUGGACAACCAGGCUUUUGAAAUACAGGAGGAUGACAUUAAUGAGUCUAACAGCAUCAAAAGUGAGACCAAAAAGCCCAAAAAGGGGCUGGGAUCAUACUUAAGCCAAGUUUCCAGACCAAUUAAUGCCACAGAGAAUUACAUCAAGGCUCAUUCAAAACCCUUCAAAUACAUUGUCCUGGGUAUACUUGGAGCAGGUUAUGUGGCGUACUUCAUUGCAGCAUGUGUAUUGGAUUUCCACAGGGCCAUCGCUCUUGUGGUCCUGACCAGUUUGGCUGUUGCUGCUGUAUCACUGGAACUUUUGAAGAAGUACAAGGGGAAAAGCAUUGGUCGGUGUUUCCAACCUGUUGUCAGAUGCUUUAAAUCCAACUUGAAAUGGCUAAAAUGGGUUUUCAUUGUAGCCGUUGUGGUCUUGCUUGUGUUAUGGCUCGUUUUAGACACAAGAAAGCGUCCUGAGCAGCUGAUCUCAUUUGGCGGUGUGUGCAUGUUCGUCAUGCUUAUAUUCCUCUUCUCAGCGCACAGGGCAAUGGUAUCAUGGAGGCCUGUGUUUUGGGGUCUCGGGUUGCAGUUCUGUAUCGGCCUUUUUGUUAUACGAACGGAGCCUGGACUUAUAGCUUUCGACUGGCUUGGAAAACAAGUGCAGAUAUUUCUCGAUUAUACCAAAGAAGGGUCAUCGUUUGUUUUUGGCGAUAAGUUGAUUGAAGAUAUUUUUGCCUUUCAAGCUUUGCCCAUUGUUAUUUUCUUUAGCAGCGUGAUGUCUGUCCUUUACUUUUUGGGGAUUAUGCAGUGGCUCAUUUUGAAGAUCUCAUGGGUUAUGCAGAUAACAAUGGGAACCUCUCCCACAGAGACCCUGAGUGUGGCAGGCAAUAUAUUUGUUGGGCAGACUGAAGCACCGCUGCUGAUUCGUCCCUAUUUGAAGGACAUGACCAAAUCAGAGAUCCAUGCUGUUAUGACUGGUGGAUUUGCCACAAUUGCAGGCAGUGUCAUGGGGGCAUUCAUCUCAUUUGGGAUUGAUGCGUCUUCCUUGAUAUCAGCCUCUGUGAUGGCUGCUCCAUGUGCGCUGGCAAUCUCCAAGCUUUCUUACCCAGAAACAGAGGAGAGUCGCUUUAAAUCAAAGCAGAAUAUCAAAGUGGCUUCUGGCGAUGAGCAAAACAUUCUGGAAGCAGUCAGCAGUGGAGCAUCCGCGUCAAUAGGUCUCGUUGCUAACAUUGCAGCAAAUCUUAUAGCCUUUCUUGCUAUCCUUGGAUUUAUAAAUGCAGCUUUGAAAUGGCUUGGAGGAAUGGUGGGAAAUCCUGAUGUCACAUUUCAGUUAAUUUGCUCGUAUGUGUUUAUGCCCUUGGCCUUCAUGAUCGGAGUGCCAUAUGACGAGAGUUUCAUUGUGGCUGAGCUAAUUGGCACAAAACUCUUCCUCAAUGAGUUUGUGGCUUACCAGACAUUAUCUAAAUUGAAGCAAAACAGGCUCGAUGGACUUCCUGAAUUUACUGAAGAUGGAAAACAGUGGAUAUCUGUCCGAUCAGAAACUCUUACCACUUAUGCUCUUUGCGGGUUUGCUAAUUUCAGUUCACUGGGCAUUGUGAUUGGAGGCCUUUCAUCUAUAUGCCCAUCAAGAAGAAAUGACAUCUCAGCUCUGGUGCUUAGAGCCAUGAUCACUGGGACUUGUGUAUCUCUCGUCAAUGCUUGCAUUGCAGGUAUCCUCUUUGUUCCUCCAUUUGACUGUGUGCAGCUUUUUGGGGCAUCAUCAGCUUUCAAUCCCACAGAUUCAAACAUUCAAACUUGCUGUCAAGACCUCAUUAAAAGUACCAUAAAGAAUGGGACCAUCUCAUUUGAAGGAAUAUGGAACAAUGUAGCAAAUGCCACAAUAUUUCUCUCCAAAUGUUGCCAGUGUUGUGGUCUUCCUGAUGUGGAUGUUUGUAUAUAG